AUGAAUCAAUUAAUGUUAUCUAUUGGUCAUAUCCUACCAAAUAAAUCAGAGGAUAUCUAUAGUGUAAAGUCAAAUGACUAUAUUUUCAGUGCUUUUAAGGUUUUGUAUGACAUUGAACAUCGAAAGUUUAAUAAAUUCAUUGAUAUGAUAGAUAUUGUUGCAUUCUGUAUGAAAAAUCUAACAAAGACAGAAAUGGCUGAAAUGGAUAUGGUUAUGGAAACAAAAGAAAUUUUCAAACAAUACAGAGUUGGUCAAAUUUGUGAUUUAUCAGCGAGAAAUCCAUUCUUACCAGUUGAAGCAACUGCUCCUUUGAAGGUGGCAAUUGAGUUGAUGGUAAAGUGGAAUGUUCAUAGAGUUCCAGUGAUUGACAGUGAAGGUACUUUGGUAUCGAUUCUAACACAGUCGCGUGUGUUGGAAUUCAUCAAUAAUCAUGUGAUGGAGUUCAAUGAAAAUGGCGUAUUGUUAAAGAAGAUCGAGGAGAUCAGCAAUCUCGGUACAUCCGAUGUCAUUUCAAUUACCGAUGAUAACAUGGCAAUUGAAGCAUUCCAAUUGAUCUACGACAAGAAGGUCAGCGCUGUAGCCAUCUUGAAUGAUAAAGGUGAACUCACUGGAAACAUCAGUGUAAGUGACUUGAAGAUGAUAGGAUACGACGGUGGUUUAAUGAGUCGUCUAUUCCUUCCAAUCAGAACCUUCACACAAAUGGUACCAAAAGAUAAAGCUAGUCCAUUCUUUACUGUAAUUUGUGUACGUGAUACAACAUCACUCGAGGAGUUACUUGUUAAAUUCCAACUAUCAAAAGUACAUAGAAUCUAUCAUGUAAAUGAUUCAAUGAAACCAAUUCAAGUCAUUUCGCAAGGUGAUGUGCUAAAAUCUAUUAUUAAACAAGAUUCUAUUUAA